AUGACCACCCAGCCGAGAUACCCAGAGAUCAAGGCCGCCGCUGCAGCGGUAGGCAAUACCCUCAGCAGCGCGAAGAUCCCCAACAUGCUGUGGAGCUGGACCGCACUCGCCCUUUUCAUCGUGGACCACGGAUUCCCGGAGAUCGAGUUCCUUAUCCAAGACAACGAGGUCCCACAGGCAACCGGCGCCCUCACGAAAGCCGGCUACAAGAAUUGCACGGAUCCCUCGUGCUCCGAACUCCAGGAAGACCGCGGCGCACACCUCGGCGACGCCCUCAACAGGUUCCACCCGGUUGCAGCAGCACACUUCCACCUGCCUCCGCCAAACGGCCAAGGAUCGGGAUACUUGGUGUCACUGCUGAAAAAGAACGACAUAAUCCCCCACCUGCCGGACCUGAAGCUGGGUCUCCCCAAGCAAAAAGAAUACGAGCUCCUCACGCUCUCCAUUGACCCGCGCCUCCCACCCCGUGCAGAAGGCGGCGCUUCAGGCCCCUGGUACGACCUCCCCUUUGUGCGCGUCCCCCAGGACUAUACCCUGGCACAGGCCCUCCUGCUUCUACGCUGCAGACACGUGGACACUAACCCCGGGCUUGACGGCCUCUGGCGCGACAUGCUGUGGGAGAUCAGACGGUUCAAACAGCCGCAUCCCUUCGAGUUCGGCGAGAAGCAUUUUAGCCCCCUGCUGGGCCAGCUCUGGGGAGACCUUGUCCAGGGGAACCCUAAUUAUCCUCCGGACGUGGACUUGCAGCAUAAGCUGCGUGGAGUUGAGCUUGUUCGUGAAGCUCGCGACAGGAUGCCAAGGAUGAGCCCGGACGGCAAGGUCCUGAAGGCCAAGAAAGCGGCGGAGCACGUUUAUAUGACCGGGGACGGGCGAUCAGGUAAGGUCUACUAUGCGAAGGGCUGA